AUGUUCGAAGAGGCGAGCGAAGUGUUCGAUAACAUGUUUAAAUCUUCCUUUCCCCUCACCUUCAUUGUAUUUAUCCCAGCGGUGCUCAUCCUGGUGUCCCCGCUCCAUGCCGAAGCCGCACAUGAGUUCACGGUAUAUCGCAUGCAGCAGUAUGACCUGCAGGGACAGCCGUACGGUACCAGAAACGCCAUCCUGAACACCGAAGCUCGUACUGUGGAGGCGGAGGUGUUAAGUCGUCGCUGUGUCAUCAUGCGGCUCGCAGAUUUCUCCUAUGACAAAUAUCAGAAAGCCUUACGCCAGUCUGCAGGGGCCGUGGUCAUCAUCCUGCCCCAAAACAUGUCCACUAUGCCCCAGGACAUAGUGCAGCAAUUCAUGGAGCUGGAGCCGGAGAUGUUGUCCACAGAGACCAUCGUCCCCGUCUACUUCGCCAUGGAGGAUGAUGAGCUGCUGUCCAUUUACACUCAAACCCUGACCUCCUCCUCCUCCCAGGGAGCCUUGUCUGCAGCUGAAGUAUUGGUGCAUACGGCCACUGCUAAUGGCUUCCAAAUGGUCACCAGUGGUGCUCAGAGCAAAGCCAUGAGCGACUGGGCCAUCACCAGUCUGGAGGGACGCCUGACUGGCGUCGGAGGAGAGGACCUACCCACAAUCGUGUUGGUGGCUCAUUACGACUCCUUUGGAGUUGCUCCGUGGCUGUCAUAUGGCGCCGACUCAAAUGGAAGCGGGGUGUCCAUGUUACUGGAGCUGGCCCGUCUCUUCUCCAAACUUUACACUUAUAAGAGGACACAUGCUGGAUACAACUUGCUGUUCUUUGUUUCUGGUGGGGGCAAGUUCAACUACCAGGGCACCAAACGCUGGCUCGAAGACAAUCUGGACCACACAGACUCGAGUCUUCUCCAGGACAACGUUGCUUUUGUGCUGUGUCUCGAUACUUUGGGCAACGGAGACGCUUUGCACCUGCACGUGUCCAAACCUCCUAAAGAGGGAACUCCACAGUAUGCUUUGCUCAGUGAGCUGGAAAUGGUGGCGGCCAGCCAGUACCCGGGGAUGAAGUUCUCCAUGGUCCACAAGAAAAUCAACCUGGCCGACGACAUGCUGGCGUGGGAGCACGAGCGCUUCGGGAUCCGCCGCCUGCCAGCCUUCACGCUCUCGCACCUGCCCUCGCACCGCCUGCCGCAGCGCUCCAGCAUCAUGGACGUGCGGUCAGUGUCCCCCUCCCCUCGCUACGGAGCGGGAGAGCCCCCUGCUGGGCCACACGUAGACAUUGAGAAGCUCAGCAGGAACACAAAGGUGGUGGCCGAGGCUCUAGCCCGAGUCAUUUACAACCUCACUGAAAAGGGAGCCCCGAGCGACCUGCACAUCUUCACUGAACAAAUGCAGGUACAAGAGGAGCACCUGUCCGCCAUGGUGGACUGGCUGACAGCACAGCCGCGGGCCGCCCAGCUGGUGGACAAGGACAGCAGCGUGGUGUCCACCUUGGAGUACCACCUGGGACGCUACCUCAAGGAUGUCAAGAAACAUUACGUCAAAGCAGACAAGCGGGAUCCAGAGUUUGUCUUCUACGACCAGCUCAAGCAGACCAUGAAUGCUUACAGAGUCAAGCCGGCCAUCUUUGACCUGUUGCUGGCCGUCUGCAUCGCUGCCUACCUUGGCGCCAUGUAUCUUGCCAUCCAAAAUUUUGGAGUUUUAUACAGCGUGGCACGAAGAGUCACCCAACCCAAAGUGAAGGCCCACUAAAGCCAGCCGAGACAACCUUCCAACCCCCAUAAACCCGUUUCUUGUUUUUGACACUCUCAGGGUGCUUUUCAAAGCCGCCCCAGUCAUUCCCAUUAUUCUCUGCCAUACAGCUAUGUGGUCACUUCCUGUGCUCGCUGCCUACUUGAAAUUUGCAUGCAGACAGAAGUAGUUUCAUACAAACCCCCCCCCCCCCCCCCCCCCCCCACACACACACACACCCUCACGCUCGUCUUCACCAAUGCACUGAUGUCACUGGCAGCUGGAGGGACGCAAAUCUGUCUUACUGUAAAAUAUAUUUUUUUCUAUUCUUCAGAACCUCUUUGAAAUAAUAAGCAAUCUUUUUAAGUGAAACAACUUUUAAUCGGUUGGAUGUUUUUUUUUAUUUAUCCACCUCAUAAUAUGUGGGCCACAUGGUUGGCUUACGAGCCAGUAAUGGGAAAAAUGCUAAUGAUUGAAAAGUACCUGAAAGUCCCGACUAGUUACUUGGCACUAACUAAAUCAUUCACUUUUGAGGCCAAACAAGCCAUGUAUUAAAAACAGAAGCCCGACUGAAGUAUUGUUAACCAAUCAAGUUCAUGUGUAGUAGUAUGUAGGUAACCUUUAAUGUUAAAAGUAAGAUAUUCACUCUACUUUGUCCCACUUUAAAAGAAAAAGUACGAUAUAGUAGAGCUUAGUCGAAAUGGAACCCUGAAAAGUGAUUCUAAUCACGUGUGUGUGCAUGUAUGUGGCUUCAUGUGUCUUAUUCUGACCUUCCCAAUGUCCUGUGUUUGAACGCAGCAAAAGGUAAAAGCCUCAAGUCCAUUUUCUUGUCUAAUCACACCUUUGUGUGUAAAAGUGCAUCUGCAACUUGAUAAAUUAAAUUUUUUUUUUUGUUA